CUGUACGUCAUGUGCAGGAGGCCAAGCGGCUCCUCUUACAGGGUCCAGACAAUCCUCUAUAUAUAGCCCAGCGGAGACAGCUGCGCAGUCAGAGCGCGACCCCACAGGACAGCAGAAGUGUGCAGAACAGUCCUUGACCACACAGACUUGCUGCGUUCCAGGGAGCCGCACCAUGACGCUGGGCUUGGAGCAGGCGGAGGAGCAGCGGCUGUACCAGCAGACACUCCUUCAGGACGGCCUCAAGGACAUGCUGGACCACGGCAAGUUCCUGGACUGCGUGGUGCGCGUGGGCGAGCGCGAGUUCCCGUGCCACCGCCUGGUACUGGCGGCCUGCAGCCCCUACUUCCGCGCGCGCUUCCUGGCCGAGCCCGACGGCGCGGGAGAGCUGCGCCUGGAGGAGGUGUCGCCCGACGUGGUGUCCCAGGUGCUGCACUACCUGUACACGUCGGAGAUCGCGCUGGACGAGGCAAACGUGCAGGACCUGUUCGCAGCGGCGCACCGAUUCCAGAUUCCAUCCAUCUUCACCAUCUGCGUGUCGUUCCUGCAGAAGCGCCUGUGCUUGGCCAAUUGCCUGGCUGUCUUCCGCCUCGGCCUCUUACUGGACUGCGCGCGCCUGGCGGUGUCGGCGCGCGACUUCAUCUGCUCGCGCUUCCCGCUGGUGGCGCGCGACAACGACUUCCUGGGGCUCUCGGCUGACGAGCUGAUCGCCAUCAUUUCCAGCGACGGCCUCAACGUAGAGAAGGAGGAGGCGGUGUUCGAGGCGGUGAUGCGCUGGGCCGGCAGCGGCGAUGCCGAGGCACAGGCGGAGCGCCAGCGGGCGCUGCCUACGGUCUUCGAGAGCAUUCGCUGCCGCCUGCUACCUCGCGCCUUCCUGGAGAGCCGCGUGGAACGCCACCCUCUUGUGCGCGCCCAGCCCGAGCUGCUGCGCAAGGUUCAGAUGGUGAAGGACGCGCACGAGGGCCGCCUCACUACACUGCGCAAGAAGAAGAAGGAGAAGGGCCAGGAAACAGCCCAGACCAAGGAGGCCAACCAGGGCGCAGCAGACGCCAAGGCUGGGGACGAUGAGGAGCGAGUGCUGCCUGGGAUCCUCAAUGAUACCCUGCGCUUCGGAAUGUUCCUGCAAGACCUUAUCUUCAUGAUCAGUGAGGAGGGUGCGGUGGCCUACGACCCAGCCGCCAAUGAGUGCUACUGUGCCUCCCUGUCCACCCAGAUUCCCAAGAACCAUGUCAGCCUGGUGACCAAGGAGAACCAGAUCUUUGUGGCCGGUGGCCUCUUCUACAAUGAGGACAACAAAGAGGACCCUAUGAGUGCUUACUUUCUGCAGUUUGACCACUUGGACUCUGAGUGGCUGGGGAUGCCACCACUGCCCUCACCACGCUGCCUCUUCGGCCUGGGGGAGGCUCUCAACGCCAUCUAUGUGGUCGGCGGCCGGGAGCUCAAGGACGCCGAGGACAGCCUGGACUCAGUCCUGUGCUACGACAGGCUGUCAUUCAAAUGGGGCGAAUCGGACCCACUGCCCUAUGCAGUGUAUGGCCACACAGUGCUUUCCCACAUGGACCUCAUCUACGUCAUUGGCGGCAAAGGCAAGGACAGGAAAUGUCUAAAGACGAUGUGUGUCUACGACCCCAAGAAGUUUGAGUGGAAGGAGCUGGCACCCAUGCAGACAGCCCGCUCGCUCUUCGGGGCCACUGUUCACGAUGGCCGCAUCUUUGUGGCUGCAGGGGUGACAGACACAGGGCUUACCAGCUCCGCGGAGGUGUACAGCAUUGCAGACAACAAGUGGUCCUCCUUCGAGGCCUUCCCACAGGAGCGCAGCUCACUCAGCCUGGUCAGCUUAGCUGGCACUCUCUAUGCCCUGGGUGGCUUUGCCACUCUGGAGACCGAGUCUGGAGAGCUGGUCCCCACGGAGCUCAAUGACAUAUGGAGGUUCAACGAGGAUGAGAAGAAGUGGGAGGGGGUCCUGCGGGAGAUCGCCUAUGCAGCCGGUGCCACCUUCCUCCCCGUACGCCUCAACGUGCUUCGCCUGACCAAGAUGUGACCAGGGCAGGGCCCUAACUGAGCCUCUUUCCUAUCCCGUGGCCUCACAACAAAUACCUUGCGGGAUCCAGAAAGGACCUGGGAGAGGGCGGUAUGAGCCAGACAGGCUUCUCUGGUCAAGAAAGGGAUUGAGGCACUUCUCCCUGUCUCCUCAAGGACUGCGAAGCCAGGCAGGCAUCCCAGGCUGUGUUCUGGCUCUGUCCAGGUUGGCUGUGUGUGCCUGUUUUGUCUCCUAAGGGACUCUCUCUGUGCCCGUCAGGUGGGAGCGUCUCGGUCAGUGGCACCUCCUGGUGCUAACACAGACCUCCGUUGGGAAGCUCGGGGACAGUCAAUGAACUAUCUACUGAGCAUCUAAGCCACAGGUGCACACAGCUACCACAGAGUCAGUGUUCACAGGGCUGGACUAUACCAAUGCUAGGCUGUCGAUGUGGCUGUCCUGCCCUCACAGGACACGGCAUCAUUCCCCCAAAGCCUGGAACCGUCAGCUCCCUGCCCAGAGAGGACAAGAAGCCAGUAGAACACUAUGGUAGAAAAGUCUUUUAUUCUAUCGGUCAGGCCUCAGGGCCUGGGCCUGGGGCCCAGAAGCAGCUGAGCAGAACCCAGACCUCUGUCCCCGGCCUCUACUCCAGCUUCUCUUUGUCCUUCUGCUCCUCUUCCUCCAACGCCAAGGUCCGCUCACGCUCCUUCACCAGCUGGACACCACAGUAAGUGACAAACAAGAUGGCCAGUGUGGUCUGAGGGAAGCCUGUGGAGGAGGAGCCAUGCUAGGGUGCUGCGUAUGCAUUGGGUAGAUCAUGUGGGGUGGGGCGCAUCCUGUGUCCCCCCCCCCCCGUCCCUUACCUGUGAGUAGCAGGCGUCGGGCGACCAGCUCUGUGAACUCAAGGCUGUUGAGACUCACAAGGUUGUACAUGAUGAUAGCCCAGAAGUUUACAGCCCCGCAGAGGGCCCGGACCCUCCGAGACAUCUGCUCGGAUAGCCGGGCCUGCCGUCCAAGAAUGUGUCGACGAGAGGGCCAGGAGAGAGGGACAUGGUCAGUCAGCAUCACUCACUCCAGCCCAGAGGAACCAGAGCCAGGCCUUGCCACUCAGAAGCUAGGGAGACCCAGGUUUGCACCGGGUGACGCUCCUACCCUGGCAGGCGGGACAGGUUUAGGGAGAACUUCCUGGACCAGGGACCAAGUGUGCCUGGUGACCCCAGAAAGCAGCAGUGCCACUGCCUCCUGUGACCUAACUGAUCCCAGCCAAUCCCAGCCCUGGAUCUUCCUGCCUACCUCGAUUUGUGCCAGCGGCCCACACUCUGCCAGCUUCUGCACCCAGAGCUCAAAAUUGAGGCCGAAGCAGUUAAGAACAGACCACAGGUAGACGAUGUCACAAGGCCCAAGCCACAGAGUAGUGACGACAAAUGUGGCCACGGAGGCGGCCAGCUCCGGGAUCACGGCGGAAUGAUCCCCACCGAUGUGGUCAUACACGUACCUGCAGAAAAGACGGGAGGAGGGGACCGCAGGAAUGUGGGGACAGACACAUUCGUUCUGCACAGCAGGGUGGCACGUGGUACAUCAAACUCUGGGGAUCACGUGCCUGCAUUUCCUCUGCCCAGCUUCAAACUGUGGAAGGGCAGACUCGGACUUUCGUAUCUGUGGCUUGAAUUGUCUAGUCCCCAGUUCUGUCUCCUUCAGACCCUAGCUUUUCUAAACAGUCUGUGGAUGACCCAA